UUUACAGUCUUCUGAAAACAGCGGCAGAUGACAGCUUCCACUCGUCAAUACUGUUGGUAGUGCCUUACGUCGUCUGGAAAUAGCUUUCUGUCCGUCAGCGUUGUCUUGAGUCAACUGUCAAUUAUUGAAAAUGUCGAAGAAGCAAAUUUACUACUCUGACAAGUACACCGACGAGGAAUACGAGUACAGGCACGUCAUGCUCCCAAAGCAGCUGUCUAAAUUAGUGCCGUCUUCCCACCUAAUGACAGAGGAGGAAUGGAGGGGCCUGGGGGUGCAGCAGAGCCAGGGCUGGAUUCACUACAUGAUCCACAAACCAGAGCCUCACAUACUGCUUUUCAGAAGACCCCUGCCUAAGGACUGAGUGGGCACUAUCUGCAAGAUAGCUGAUCAACUCUGCAGACUUGUAUGUGGUCUUCGGACCAUACAUCUCACUAUGUACCUCUCCAUAUGUUUGAAUGUAUAGUAUAGCAAACUUAAUUUGUAGUUUGUUUUUGUUAUUUCAAACUCCCUCGGUUUUCAGAGGUAAUGAAUGGCAAACAGCUUGCCAAGGAGAGUUUAAAGUGGGCUGCCAGUGCCGCAGCAGUUCUGCUGUGAUUAAGUGUAGCAGCAAGAAGAUGAAAUUUCUCUGGGUGAUUUUUUUUUUUUUUUCCCCAUUGUAUUGACUUUCAUGUCUUCCUUAUGUUCUUUAUUAAGACUGAUAUAUUUACUGACAGUCCAUAAGUGUUUUUCCAUUAUUUAUUUUUUAUUUUUUUUAUUUCCCCCUCCCCCAAUGCAAGCACACAUUUUUCAUAAGAGCUUUUUGUAUCCAAACAUUUAUUUUCCCUUAAUCUUAUUGGUUGCCUAAAUGUAUAUAUGAUGAGUAGAUAUUACAGAUUUUUGACAAUGAGUCACACUUUUGUUAAUUCUAAACAUUUUGGUUGCUGGACAGAAAAAAAUAAAUGAUUGCUUUAAAUGUUUGUUCACUGAUAAUUUUUUUGUACAGU